ACCCGGGUUGAGCGUCUCUUCAUUUCAAAAGCCAAUGCCUUCCAUUUUCCCUUGAACAGUCUCUCAGUAUCAAGUGAAGAAAUCUGAAGAAAUGUCUUCAAUGUGGAGACUUCCGGAGGAGAUUCAGGUAGAUAUUUUUCUCAGACUACCAGUUAAUUCAAUCCUAUCAUGUAGAUGUGUGUGCAAGCCCUUGUGUAGUCUACUUUCUAAACCUAGUUUUAUCAAGAAUCAUCUUAAUCGAUCAAUUCAAACUAACAAUCGUAACCCUAGACUCAUGUUUGAUCAUUCUAGGUAUCAUCAACAUAAGAACCCUAUCAUUAAUUCCGUGGAUUACAAUUCAAUAUCAUCAUCAGCUGUAUCAGAAGUGAAAGUUGUUACCAUGGCUUACCCAUUUGAAAAAAGAAAUACCAAGGAUAUUCUGAUUCUUGGAUCUUGUGAUGGAAUUAUUUGUUUGGGUAUUUCUAGUUAUGGUAAUGGUAUUGAUCAGAAAAAUCGGAUUUGUAUUUGGAACCCAGCAACUGGUGAAUUUAUGAAUAUCAAAUUGCCAUUAUCGGAACUUCGGGGUAAAUCAAGCUACUUCUUUAGAUAUGGGUUUGGCUAUGAUAUCAACAUCGAUGAUUACAAGUUAGUGAGAAUUUCGGGUUAUGAAAAUUGUCCGGGCAAAAAAAUUGAAGUUUAUAGGUUAGGUUCCGAGUGUUGGAGAACUGUGCAAAGCACAGACCCUUGCAUAUUUCUAGGAUCCAACUGCUGGAAAACUAUGCAAAGCGCAGAGCCUUACAUAUUUUCUGGUCGCGGAAGUCUUCAUGGGGUGCUUAUUAAUGGUGUUCUUCACUGGUCAGGCGCUACGGCAACCACUGUAGGGACCUCUACUAAACUUAUAGUUUGUUUCGAUAUUAAUAGCGAGAUACUCAUGGAUAUUCCCUUUCCCGAAGAAACUAUACUACCUCUACAAAAUUGUAUUACACGGAGAGAAGUGGGGAUGUUCGGUAACUGCCUUUGUGUAGUGUUUUCUAUUAUUGAAAUCCGAACGGAUAUAUGGGUGAUGCAAGAUUAUGGAGUAAGAGAAUCUUGGACUAAAGUAUUUACCACUACCCAACAAACAAUUACCAGAGAUCCAUUUUUCAAGCCGAUAUGGUCUUUUGAAAAUGGUGACAUUCUAGUUCAUUCUUGCAAAAAAUUGACUUUAUGCAAUGAUAAUAAUGGGAACACUACUAGAAAGGUUCUAUUCGAUGGUAUUAAUAUGGGCAGCUAUCCAGAAAGUUAUGUGGAGAGCCUGGUUUCUUUCAAAUCGAGAACAUAUGUGAAGCAAAAGCCUACAAAUCAUAACAAGAAGAAGCCUAAGCGACAAAGGACCUGAUGUAGCGGAAGCUCUGGCCGCGGCCAUUCAAAUAGCUGUGGAAUGAAAUUGAAAAAAGAAGGAAAAGGAGGUGAUUUUUGGUGACUGCAGGGUUGCCACGCAGUUCAUCAAGGGUCAAAAUGCAAACUGCACAUGGAGAUCCAAGGAAGUUCUUGAAGACAUAAUGAAGCGUUUUGUUUUUUUUAUCACAUCAAUAUUUUGUAUGUAAAUAUUUUGCCAGAAGAACUAGGUCUUCCGGUCUAUGAGAAAUUUCAGGUAGUAUAAAAGUUCCGAUCCUAAACAGUGUGUACUGAUAUUAUCCUCCCAACAGGCUAGUUGCAGUGACAUCUUCACAAUGGGUUGUCCAAAUGCUAGGGAGAAUCCAAUUUGUUAGGAAAACAGCCUCCCGGUCCCGGAUUCCUAAUCGAGUUCACGUUUUCCGGAGGGCACGUUUUUUUGUUUAUUA